UUUUGUUCAUGGAUAUGAUCAUUAUAGACAUUUCGUGGAUUCAGACCUUUUUGCUGCUCACAUCAUUAGACAAUUGAGGUCACUCUAUGGAUUACGUUCACCUUGUGAGGAUAUUGUUACUUUGCUAUAUUUCAAUAAACCAUCGAGUAGCGAUGGUGCGGUACCAAACGAGAGUUCCGAAGGUACUAAUACUACUAACCCCG